AUGGUAAGGCGGCGCAACGUCCGCGCCGAGGAUUCGGACGAUGAGCGCGAGGGUGACCGCGGCGAUCGAAGCCGGCGCCGGGACCGCGCGUCCGCCGUCGCCAAGCGCCGGCAAACCCCGAGCCCCCCGCCCGCGAAUGGCCCAAACGCAACCCUCGACGGCGGUUGCGAGGCGGCGAACGGGGCGGGUGCCACAGCCGUAGGUUUUUCGAAAGAGGAUUUCGACGCCAUCCCGCCGGAGUCCCGCAAUGCCAUCGUGGGCACCAUCGAUAAGGUCCGGAAGCUCGACGACGGCUUAAGGGAGCUCGCCGCUAUCGUCGACAAGUGCCUCGAUACGGAUGAACAAAAUCACCCCGAGAUCCCCGAAGAUCUCUUCGACGUCCUCAAAGCGCUCGAGGGAUACAGGCUACUCACGGACGUGUGCGCAGAGGGCGCAUUGCGGGGCCUGCACCCCAGGGAUGUGUUCGCCAACCUCCCUCCCGAGUUCAUCAGCGAGAUCGGCCGCAAUCCGAUCGCCCUACUCGAGAAGGUCACCGAGGGCAUGCCCAAGCUUUGGAGGUUUCUCAACGAGGCCCACCCCGAAGUUAUUGCCCGCCACGGGUCCAAGCUUUGGAAGUUUCUCCACGAGGCCUACCCCAAAGUCGUCGCGAGCUGCCCAUCACAUAUCCAGGGCUCUGAUGAGACGAAGGACGCGCGAGCCGACGAAAUGGAAUCGCGGCGAAACACCGCGGUGAAGCAUUACGUCGAUAAUUUGACGGAGAUGAUGGACAGGCUAAAGGAGAUGGAGAAUUACGUGCUCCAAAAUGUGCCGGAGACGCGCGUGCCAGGCAAAGACGAGGAGCUGGAGCGUCGCAUACGGAACGCGACGAACGCGCUCGGGCGGUUGUCCUUUGAAAAACAGAAAAAGUGCCUGGACAAGCUGGACGAGAUCAAAAAGACGGCGAAGCGGGCCGAGUUCGCGUCCAAGCUGGACAGCGGGGAGUUUGACGACGAGAUAUUCGCAUCCCUCGGGAACGGCUCCGUGGAUGGCUCGGACCUCGACGACGACGACGAAGACGACGAUUCGGACGACGACUUCCCGGCGCCGCCGAGCGACACCCCGUACAGGUACAAGGUGGGCGAUUCCGUCCUGGUGGCGUGGGAACCCUCGUCCCAGGACCCGCCCUACGAUAAGGGCUGGCGUCGCGCCAUCGUGGUGGACAGGCACGUUGCCGCGGAUACCUUCGAGCCGCACCGCGCGAAACUGUCCGCGCGCGGCCGCGAGCUGGCGAUGCUCACGGCGAUGUACUCGCUGAGGGACGCGGGAAUCGACCCGGUUGAGGUGGACGAGUCGACGCGGCUCCCGCCCAUAAAGGUUUUCAUCGUUCCCUACGUGGUGAAGCUGACGAACGACAACGGGAAGGAGGAGAAGGUGCCGAUUCCCCGGGACGACCCGAUGCACAUUCGCGGGUGCUGGGAGGAGACGAAGAAGUGCGGCAAGAAACCCGCGAAAAAGUUGCGAUUUCGGGCCAACGACCAGGUGGAGGUGUGGGUGGGCCCCGGCCACGCCCUCGACGGCGCGUCCCACUGGAUCCAGGGCACCGUUCGCGAGUACUGGUCGCACUAUCCGGGCUGGGGCCGGGGCUGGGAUCGAAACGGGCGGUGGCUCGACGGACUGCGAAAGGACCAGGUUCCGUACAUCGUCACACCCGCGGGAGCCGAGGACGAGAUGGCGGCGCACAAGGCUGCGCACAGGCUCGAGCAGAUGUACCCGCCCGCCAGGUCGAUUCAGUACGGGUCGAUGGGCGUCCUGAACGAAAACACGGUGCUGGUGCUCGCCGACACGGACGAGUGGAUCCGAUUCCCGAAGCUGAGGUUCAGGCCGGGUUCACGGGUCGAGUGCAAGAUUCGAGACUCGAGCGCCGCAAACGGGGGGUUCCACCCGGGCACCGUCGUGGGAACUUUUUACAGGGAGGACCACUGGAGGAACGGGUCGUGCGCGCCGUAUCAGGUGAGGCUGGACGGCGAACGGAAGCUGAUUUACGCGCCGGCUGACAACGACAGCUGUAUCCGCGCCCUAAAAGGUAGCUAG